AAAAGAAGAAAGAAGAAGAAGAAGACGACGAAGAAGAAGAAGAAGAAGAAGAAGAAAGUGGUGGUGGCGGCGGCGGCGGCGGUGGUGGUGGUGGUGACGACGACGACGACGGUGACUGAAACUGAACGUUUAAAGCUCUGUUUGAGACACAAACUUCAGGAAUUUAAGUUUUCUUCACUGCUGUUUUUCAUGAGUCUACGAACAACAACAACCCUGACAGAGACGGAGCUGUGAAGCAGUGGUUGGUAAAGGCAACUUGGCAUUCGGCUCACGGAGGCCUCGAAAAGGUGAGUAAUAAUGAUGGCUACCACAGGGCCUCAGAGUGCUUCCAGCUUCAUCCUGCUGUUGGAGUCUCUGGAGGAUGACAAUGCUGCACAGUCUGAGCAGACGGACGCCUAUCUCACCAUCGCCAGUCGACUCAGUGGAGAGGAAGGACGCCAGUUUCUCCCUGCAGUAGAAAAGCACUUUCCUCGUUUGGGUAAAGCCAUCUUGGCUCACAUCAGCAGCUCGAAUGCAGAGCUGAGCCAAGCCGCCUUGCAGACUUUAGGGUUCUGUGUUUAUCAUUCUCAUAUUGUCUCUGGAGUGUCUGAGAGCUUUGCAGCAGAAAUCCUCUCGUCUCUCUGUUCUCUGGUCGUCAAGUCCACAGAUAAGAACACAUGUACAAGAGCAUUAUGGGUCAUCUCCAAACAGAGCUUCCCCGUAGAUGUGGUCGGCAAAAAAGUACCGUCUAUUCUGGGAACCCUGGAGAUGGUGUUGAACAGAGAGGACAUUCAGUCUGUGGUGAUGGAGCACGAAGUCUUGAACGUCAUCAUCAGGAUGCUGGAGCAGGUGCCCACCCAGAUGUGUGGUGGAGCGGUGCAGUGGGCCAAGCUGGUCAUUCCGCUGGUCGUCCACUCGGCAUCCAAGGUGCGUCUCCGGGCAGCGGCAGCAGUGGAGUUGGGAAUGCCUCUACUCCUGGAAAAACAGAUGGAUGUGGCUGCUGUCAUCGAACCAAUGAUGUCCUCGAAACUGAUCCCAGAACUACAGAAACUUUUCAUGUCCAAGAAUGAAAUGAACGUCCUAAAGCUCUGGCCCUUAUUUGUGAAGCUGCUCGGGAAGUUGCUGCACAGAGGAGGUCCCUUCAUCAACUCUCUGCUGCACCUGGAGGAGCUGGGUUUCCGCAGCUCCUCUCCAACCAUCAAGAAGAUCGCCUUCAUUGCCUGGAAGAGCCUCAUCGAUAACUUUGCUCUCAAUCCAGACAUCCUCUGCAGCAGCAAACGUAUGAAGCUCCUGAUGCAGCCACUCACAUCCAUCCACGUCAGGACCGAAGCUCUGCUACUCACCAAGGUGGAGGUCUGGUGGUACCUGGUGGUCCAGCUCGGACCCAACCUGUCCUCCAACUUUGAUCAGGUCUCUGUUCCUCUGCUUCAAUGCACUAUUGGAUCGGACUCCUCUUCCGUCCCCUGUACUCCGUCUAGAGCUGUUGCUCAGAAUGGUGCAGUCAUACCCGGAACACCUAAGACUGCCGUUCCAGGCUUCAACAGCCCAGCUGGUACUCCUCGUAUGUCCCUGAACUCUAGCAUUCAGGUCUCCAGCUUCCCCUCCAUCCAGCUGCUGGGUCUGGAGAUGUUGCUGCACUAUUUUCAAGGACCGGAGGUCCCUGCCACUGCAGCGAAGAACAAACUGACCCUGAGUCUAGAGCCUUUACACCACCCUCUUCUCUUGGGCACUCCAUCCUUCACCAAACACGCUGCAGUGCUCGUCUCCAGCAUCAGAGACGGAUUCAUCAACAUCGGAAAAGAAGCUCCAGUCAGCCUUUUGGCCAUCAUAUGGAAACAGCUAGUCUCCUUUGUCAGUCUCACUAUAGAGUCUGCACUUUCUGUGAACAGUAAGAAGGACCGACAGGGUUGUGAAGUGCUGACGUUGAUGCUUCAGGCUCUGCAGAGCAUCGUUACUUCAGAGGCUCUUCCUGCAGACAGAGUCCUAGUUUUGUUUGAGGCCACAGUGAAGGGAAUCUCUCAGAGAGUUCUCGGCUCAGCUUCCUACCAAUUGGGGAAGAUGGACGUGUUGAAUGGAACCCCAGCUCUCUUCCUCAUUUUCCUCCUCUAUAACAGCACUUCGCUGUCGGCUUGCUCCGAGGACGACAGGUUUUACCACUGCCUUCAGACCCUGGUUGGCUGCGGCCUGUCAGGUCCCACAUCUCCUCUGGCAUUUGCAGAGGCGGUGCUCGGUGCCAUUGGCCGGAGAGCUGGGUCUCUGCAGAACAAGCAACAGCUGUGGAGGAUGUGGAGCGUGAUUGUCAGCUUGCUCACCGACACCAUCACACAGUCUAAUGAGGUGAACCAAGGUGAUGCUCUGGAGCACAACUUCAGUGCUAUACACUCAGCCUUGAUGCUCCCCAUCACAUACCUCCUGCAUGGCAUGCCACUAACACAGCAGGCGACUCAGAGGUCGAUGCUGUCCUCCUGGUCCAAGCUGUACAAGGUGUUUGCUCGCUGCUCAGCUCUGGUCAUCACGGCUGAGGAGAACAUCUGCUGCGAGGAGCUCUGUGCCAAGAUUGCCACCGUGGUGGACCGAGAAGCCCUGAUGGUGCCGUCAACAUUAAAUACUGUUGCAGGUAUCCUCCAGGUCAUGGUGGAGUGUGUGGACUUCUCACCGUUCACGCCUCAGUUUCAACAGAAGCUCAAGUCUCCUCACACUCCUGUGAACUGGACAAGAAAGAAGAAUAAAGCUCUGGGGAACCUGUCCACUCUCCAGUCCCUUCUGGUACAGACACUGGAGGUUUAUCUGGAUGCUCCCGAGGCUGCUUCAUCCUGUGAGGGGACGGGUCUGGCUCUGGUCUCUGUCUUGUCAACUUUCUUCAGCAACCUCUUUCUGGCCAACGCGAUCCAGGCAGCCCUCACCACCCUGAUUCAGCCUCUCACCUGUUUCUACCAACAAGCAGCAAGCGAGACGGGAAAGUUCUUCUCACAGCUUCAAGGGAAGUUGGAGAAGCUCCUGGGGGAGGUGCUCGGCUGCCUGCAGACCUGCUCCACUGUUGUCUUUGAUGAUGACCUCCUAGCUCUGCUCUCUCCUCUGCUCUGUGUUCUGUUUCCACACAAGAACAAGCAGCUCCGAACCUUGGUCACCCAAUUCUGGAACGCCACUUUCGCCAAAACCGCCAGUCUCACCUACCCUGAGGAGAUCAGGUUGACACUGAACCAAAUGAAGCAGAAGACUCCCAUCAUCCUUCCCGGCUUCGAGGCUGUCUUUGUUCCUGACGAACUUAGUGGACAGUACUCAAACGAGAGCUCUCAGAUGGAGACCAAGCUCAGCGGGAUGCCAGUUUCUUCUAUGGGGAAGAGGGACUCUCUGCUUGGGAACACCGUCAAGUCUAAGGACAAGAGUUCUGCUAAGACCUCCAAGCUGGUUUCUAUGAAGCUGGACUUCAGUUCUCCCAAACCUCCCUGCCGAGACGUUUUGGAGGAGGAAGCCUCCAUCGACUUCGUCUUCAUUCCUCCAGAGACAAAGGAGCGAGUCCUGACAGAGCACCAGAAGGAGGUGAAAAGGACUAAGAGGUUCGAUAUUCCUGCCAUGUACAACAACCUUGAUGCAUCUCUGGACACCAUGGUUUUCACCCAGUACACCCAGGGCCAAGAAGACUCUCUGGACCAAGUGCCAAUUCAACAGGCUGACAGCAUCAAAAAAGAGUUUCCUAGCGAGGAUCCUCAAAAAAUGGAGGAUGACUCUGAAGUUGUGAGAAAAGAUACUCAUGACCACACCAGCCUGAGAGAGAUGACAGAAAACCACCAGCAGGAAGAGGUUGCCCUGGAGUCAACAGAUGGUUCAAUGGAGGAUGACACCAGGAGUGACAAGAGAGCAGAGGAGGUGGAUGUUCGGUCUAAAGGCGACACAAGUCCCAGUGCCUCCGACUCUUCGGGGACUCCCCAGAAACCCAACAGUCGCCGGCAGUCAUUUAUCACUCUGGAGAAGUAUGGUGAUGGCAAACCUACCAGCUCCGGCAGCAUUUCCACAUUUGCAGGUCUCCUGGUAAAGGUCUCCAAUAGCCAGGUAUGCUGUGGUGUCAAUACUAAGUUGACAUCUGCUGGUCCUGACUCUCAAGAUUCACCUCAGACAAAAGACACCUUGGAGUCUCCUCGAAGACUCAAAGACUCAAGGACGAAAAGCGAGCCUGUGAAGCUGACUGAGAGACUUCCCAGUGGAUUGAUGGAAGAGAACGACGUUAUCCCAGAUACACAACCUGAAGACAUGGCUUCCACGUUGGAGGAAAUUAAUUCGUCAAGCCAAGAAAAGGACUCUGAAUCCACGUUGGACAGUUCUCAGAACCAUGCAUCCCCCGACAAACUCCGGCGAUCUGGACGCCCCAGAGUCCGACCUCUGCUGCCCGGAGAGGACCCCAAUGAACAGGAAUCAAAAUAUACCCCGUUGAAAAGGAGAUGCUCCGGACCUGAGAAUGAGUCCAUCUCAACACCAAACCGGCCGAAGACGAGGAGUAAGCAGGCGGCCGAGGACAACGCUGGCAGGGACAGACUACGUUCAAGGGCUCAGAGGGAGUCAACUCAAACUGCCUCCUUAACUCGACCACGAAAGAAGAUCAAACUGUACAGCAAUUCAGAGGACUUCCUUGAUGUUAACAAACCUGACAAGAAACGUAGAAGCACUGGUGGGCACGAGUGUGAUCAUGACAACCAGACUCAGCGAAGGCGCAGUCGACAGAGCAAAUCGUCACAGGACAUUGACAAAGAGGAAUCCAGCCAAGCCGUCACUCAAGAACUUCUACAACAGACAGAAAUAAAUGAGGACACUAAAGAACACUCCCAAACUGCUAUUGUUUCUUCUCAACCUGGUAAAAACUCCCAUGAAAGUGAACUGUUGGAAAAAAAUGACGAUGAGCCAAACAAAGAUUCUCAAAUCCUCAGCUCUUCACCUCAAGCUGAUGCACUGUCCCAAGAGUCUGAGCCUGAAGGAGAGUCUAAAAAGGAAAAUACAGAUUCUCAGAUAGUCCCUUCUCCUUUUCCAGUUACUGAGAAAAACAGUACGAACUCGACAGACAAGUCGGCGAAUGAGGAGCUGGUCAAAGACGCUGAACACAAAAUGACAGACGCUGCGGACAACAACCUCAAUCAAGAGGACUCUCAGGUGAGCACGCUUUCAUCCUCCUCCUCCCAAUCCAAACGCAGAUCCAGAAGAAGCAAUGUUUCGACUGAGUCUGAAGCCAGUAGUGACGACACAUAUUCAUUGCCAAGGAAGAGUAGAUCAAAUACUCAGACAGAAGUUUGCACAGGAGGUAGGACAAGGAGGAGGAGCAAGGUGCAUGAGGGAGUGUCGACCUUAGAGAGUUCGCAGUCUUUAGAAAUCUCUGGAUCUGAGUCCUCUCAGGACAAGGGAAGAUAUUCCACACGGAGAUCCUCUCAGGGAUUAGCAGCCGGCGUCAAGUCCUCCGAAUCUGAAUUCUCUGACACCAGAGUGAACCCACCUGUUGCUAAAAAGAGAGGAAGGAAGCCUCGGGCACCUGUGCAGAGUCCUCUCACUGUCAAGUCUAAAGAGUACAGAACAGACGGAUGCAAUGCAGAAAGGUUUGAUGCUGAUGUUUCCCAGCAGCUGUAUAUUCAAAGCGUAGAAACAGAUCUAGAGGAAAUCCAACAUUUGCAGAGUUCUGAUUCACCAAAGGUUCCAGGUACAGGUGAAAUGGACCAAAAGGGGAAAUCAGCAGUGGAGGUUGAUGCUGUGAAGGAACCCGAGGACACAUUGUGUCACAAUUUGGAAACUCUUGAAUCUUUCAGGGUUAGUCAUGAACAGACUCGGGCAGAGUCUUUAGUAUCGGCUGUCAACACGAUGCCUCCUGAGGAGAAAAUAGAGAAUCUGCAGGAGUCUUCAGAGGAGAAAGCUAAAAAAGCGUUUGAACCCCAGGACAAGGUGGAUGCAGAUUCAGACCAAGAAUGUCCACUUGUUCCAGAGGAAGGGCCAAAAAAUCACAGUCAAAAUGUCUCCAUUGAGAUUCCAGAGGAGAGGGCAAACCAGCAAACAGUAGCAACAGAUCUACCGGAGGAGGUGGAGGCGGAGGAGGAGGGGGAGGAGAUGGAUGGUAAAGGUCAGGGGUCUGAAACUGAACACAAAGCUGCAGACAAAGUCGUCAUAAGUUUGAACACCGAUCUUUGUGAAGAAGCGGUUCCCCAGGAUUCUCCAGUAAAGCAGAAGGACCUAGAGGUCUUGACCGACUUCGCCGACGUCGCUCAAAGCCCCAGCAGUGGCCGGACCAGAGGAACCUGGUCUCCAUCAGCUUCACCCUCCACCAGCAUCCUGAAGAAGGGCCACAAGAGACCACUGGAGGUCGUGGAGACUCCAUCGCCCCUCGUCAAAUUCAGGCGUGUGUCUUUUGCCAAUCCAAUCCAGCAGCAGGAGCUGGCAGACGACAUAGACCGUCGCAGUCCCGCCAUCAGAACCUGCUCCCCCAGGAGAUCCAAAGUCAGCGGCAUCCCACAGCCAAAGCAUAUCACGACUCCGACAAAGGGGCCGCUAGUACUGAGUCCAAGAAAUCUUCACAGUCCAGGUUACAAGAGCUCCAAAAAAUGUCUGAUUUCUGAGAUGGGUCAGGAGCCUCGACCCGUCUCCAGAGACUGUGUCUACCCAGCGCUGGUCGGCUGCUCUACUCCUGUAGAAGCUGUGCUGCCUCAAAUAUCCUCCAACAUGUGGUCUCGAGGCUUGGGCCAACUUGUUCGCGCCAGAAAUAUCAAAACGGUUGGAGACCUGAGCGCUUUGACUCCCAGUGAAAUCAAGACACUGCCGAUACGCUCGCCAAAGAUCUCAAAUGUCAAGAAGGCUCUAAAGAUCCACGCGCAGCAGCGUAAAGGACGAGGUGGAGAUGAGCUGAAGAGUUUUGAUGAAACGGAGAGGAUAACAACUGAGCUGGAGGACAGCAGCGCUCCUCAGAAACUGGACGAGGGAGAGAAGAGCUCAGAGACUCUGGCGACUGAGUUGUUGGACAAGCCCAUUCCUUCAGACAUGAGACCUGAGGACACUUCAGAGACUGAGAUGCCCGACGGAGACCAGGGGCCCAACAGAGGACAGCAUGGGUUCCUCCCCCAAGUGGAGGCCCUGACCUCCAGCAUGACACCUCUAGAACUGAGCCGCUGCUCUCCACCACAGCUCGUCCAGAUCCACGAGCGACUGGGAGGUCUGAUGAGACGCCUGGUGGUCGAGUUGCAGACUCGCCUUGGACGGAUGGAUGCCUGAGGACACUGCUAGAGUGCGCUAUACUGGAGACAAGUCUGGAACCAAGAUAAAGUUUUCUUUUAUCUUUCCAGACAAGAUAAAUCUAUUUUAAUGGUUUUAAUAUGUGUGAUUAAACCCCUCCUUCGCUGAGAGUAUUUUUAAUAAAUGGUAGCAGAUGUCUUUCCUCUCCCUUUGUAGCUUCUGCUCUUCAUACACUUUUUUUUUUUAAAAGACGGAAAAAGUCACACUUUUUAAACUUUGCUGUCUUUCAUAUGAAGAAACUGACUUCGUGAAGUGGACGCCUUCAGAAUUUGUAUAUAAAUGCUCUUGUGUUAUUCUUCUCUGUGCUUGUUCAUUUACAUUUUGUAGUAUGGAUUAUUUUGCUCUUUUCUUGUCAGUGUUUUUUAUAACGUCCUGGAACUUGGAUUGUAGUCAGCAGUUUUGGUUUUUAAAUUCUUCAAUAAAGAGAACCGAUAAAGA